GGCACCGUGGUCGCUCAGCUUCUGCCUUUCUGGCACUUUAGGGCUUUGGCUCAAGGUCUUCUACUGCCCGAAAAGGACCUUUUGUCUCCUGCCAGCCUCCGGAGGCUCCCGGGAGCCAGCUUCACUCCUCACGGACACGUGCUGAAUGAGCUAGUACCAUGAAAGGAGAGGAGAAGGGAAUUCCUGUAAGAGUGGCACUGCGUUGUCGGCCCCUGGUCUCAAAGGAGAUUAGUGAGGGCUGCCAGACAUGCCUUUCCUUCGUGCCUGGAGAGCCUCAGGUCGUGGUUGGUACUGAUAAAUCAUUUACCUACGAUUUUGUGUUUGACCCCUCUACUGAACAAGAAGAGGUCUUUAAUACAGCAGUAGCUCCACUCAUAAAAGACAUUUUUAAAGGAUAUAAUGCAACUGUCCUGGCCUAUGGACAGACCGGAUCUGGAAAAACCUAUUCAAUGGGAGGUGCAUACAGUGCUGAGCAAGAACAUGAAUCAACUAUUGGGGUCAUUCCCAGGGUAAUACAACUUCUCUUCAAAGAAAUUAAUAAAAAGAAUGACUUCACAUUUAGUCUGAAAGUGUCUUACUUGGAGAUAUAUAAUGAAGAAGUUUUGGAUCUUCUAUGUCUGUCUCGUGAGAAAGCUUCUCAAAUAAAUAUCCGGGAGGAUCCUAAGGAAGGCAUAAAGAUUGUGGGUCUCACAGAGAAGACAGUGCUAGUUGCUGCAGACCUUGUUUCGUGUCUAGAGCAGGGUAACAACUCCAGGAGUGUGGCCUCUACAGCUAUGAACUCCCAGUCAUCUCGAUCUCAUGCUAUCUUUACGAUCUCCAUAGAACAAAGGAAGAAAAAUGACAAAAAUAAUAGCUUUCGCUCUAAGCUACAUCUUGUAGACCUUGCUGGGUCUGAAAGACAAAAAAAAACCAAGGCUGAAGGGGAUCGUCUGAGAGAAGGUAUUAAUAUUAACCGAGGCCUUCUUUGUCUCGGAAACGUGAUCAGUGCUCUUGGAGAUGACAAAAAGGGUAACUUUGUGCCCUACAGAGAUUCCAAGCUGACUCGACUGCUUCAAGAUUCUCUAGGAGGCAAUAGUCAUACUCUUAUGAUAGCUUGUGUGAGUCCUGCUGAUUCCAAUCUAGAAGAAACAUUAAAUACCCUUCGGUAUGCUGAUAGAGCAAGAAAAAUCAAGAACAAACCUAUUGUUAAUAUUGAUCCCCAAGCAGCUGAACUUAAUCAUCUUAAAAAACAGGUCCAACAGCUGCAGGUCUUGUUGCUACAAGCCCAUGGAGGUGCCUUGCCUGAAAAUAUAAACAGAGAAUAUAUAUUCAGGGAUCGUAAGAGGCAAUAUGAGCUGUUCAAACUUGAAAGAAACUUCAAGAUACAGUCUAAUGUGCUCAGGCGUAAAACUGAGGAGGCAGCAGCUGCCAACAAACGCCUUAAGGUUGCUCUCCAAAAGCAAAAGGAAGUUGCAGAUAAAUGGAAACAGACUCAAAGCCGUGAGAUGGAAGGCACUGCAGCUCAAAUGAAGAAUUGGCUUGGAAAUGAAAUUGAGGUUAUGGUCAGUACUGAGGAAGCCAAACGCCACCUGAAUGACCUUCUUGAGCAUAGAAAAAUCCUUGCUCAGGAUGUGGCCCAGCUCAAACAAAAACGAGAAUCCGGAGAGAACCCAUCUCCUAAACUCCGAAGGUGCACCUUCUCACUUGAUGAAGUGCCUGUCCAAGAUUCAGAAGCAGAGGAUUCUAUUACAAAGGAGAUUGAAAGCCUAGAGACUGAACUGGAGCUCAGGAGUGCUCAAAUUGCAGACCUUCAGCAAAAGCUCCUGGAUGCUGAAAAUGAAGACAGACCAAAACGACGCUGGGAGAAUAUUGCCACAAUUCUAGAAGCCAAACGUGCCAUAAAGUAUUUAAUUGGAGAGUUGGUGUCCUCCAAAAUACAGGUGAGCAAACUUGAAAGCAGCCUGAAUGAGACCAAAGCCAACUAUAUUGGUGCGCAGAAGAUGCGGUAUGAGGAGAAAAAUCAGUUUGCUGAGAUAGAGACAGAGCUAAAAGCAAAGCUGGUCAAAGUGGAGCAAGAGCACCAAGAAAAGGUGUUGUAUCUUCUCAGCCAGCUGCAGCAAUGCCAAAUGACAGAGAAGCAGCUGGAGGAGUCAGUCAGUGAUAAGGAACAACAGCUGCUGAACACACUGAAGUGUCAGGAUGAAGAGCUUAAGAAGAUGCAAGAAUUAUGUGAGCAAAAUCAGCAGCUUCUCCAAGAAAACAAUGCCAUCAAGCAGAAACUGACCCUCCUCCAAGUAGCCAGAAAAGAGAAACCCUAUCUUAUGAGAAAUGUUCUUCAGUCUCCAGAUUCUUCCUUUGAAUAUAUUCCACCUAAGCCCAAACCUUGCCGUGUUAAAGAAAAAUGUCCAGAGGAAAGCUUUGCCAUUGAGGACCUACAGUGUUCUGUAACUGAGCAGGAGAGUGAUGACAAUGAUGACUAUGCUGAUGAGGAGUGGAUUCCAACAAAAUUAGUCAAGGUGUCCAAGAAGAACACCCAUGGGUGUUCCUGCAAAGGUUGGUGUGGGAACAAGCAAUGUGGAUGCAGAAAGCAAAAGUCAGACUGUAAUGUGGAUUGCAGCUGUGACCCCACAAAGUGUCGGAACCGCCAGCAGAGUCAGCCUUUCAGUCCUCAGGAAUGCACUCCCCACCCCCAACCUCCAGCUUUAGAUGAGAAGCUUCUGGAUGAUUUCUGA